AUGUCCAACUAGUUAAACUGUGCGAUAGAUGACUGGAUGAUGAUUUUAGACACUGGAAACGAGUUAAAUUACCAAAAAUUUCCACCCAUAAGCGAGCCAAUAGCUUUAAAAUAUAAAACGAUUCUUAAUCAACAGGAUAAAAAUGACUUCUAAGAAGGAAACCAAAUUUAAGACAAUAUUUUUUGCUUUAGACUCCAAGAUUACUCUGAUGAAAGCCCCUUUUCUCUAUCAUAAUGUGAUGAUAUUUCUUAACAAGAUGAGGAGUUAAACGAAAUUUAGAUGAAGAUGAACGAUGAAAUGUCAGUAAUAAGUGAGUUCUCAGAGACUCGAUAUUAAUUCUAUGAGGAUUCUGAUGACUUUAAUUUUACUACUCAGAUGAAGAAAUUAGCCAUUAAAUAGGCAUCUGCUGAGGAGGUCCAUAAUUCGACUCAAGGUUCCAUUUCUGAUUAUCUUAAGACUGUAAUUGAUGGGGAUGUUACCAUCGAAAGAGUUGCUAUUAAUUAUGAUGAUGAUUUCGUCGAUGACCUUUUCAGGGUUCUAACUUGA